AGUUUAUUAAUAACUGUUCAGUAAUCUUUACCGAAAGUUUACUGGUUUCUCUAAUCUUUAUAAAUAGUAUUGUUUUUACGAUUAUUCUAUCCUAGUAAUACAAAAAUGUCGAGUACUACCCAAAAACAUCGUAACUUUGUUGUGGAACCUAUGGGUGAAAAACCUGUAACUGAAUUAGCAGGGAUUGGAAAAGUACUUGGAGAACGCUUGGUAGCUGCCGGAUUUGACAAAGCUUAUGUUGUACUAGGACAGUUCCUAGUUCUGAAAAAGAAUCAAGAACUUUUUAGGGAAUGGAUGAAAGACACUUGCUCAGCUAGUUCCAAACAAUCAUUGGAUUGUUGGCAAUGUCUCAAUGAUUGGUGUGAAGAAUUUUUGUAAUUGUAUGUAGUAGACCUAAGUGGACUGUUUGUAUUCCCAAGGUUUUUAUUUAUAGGGUUUUAUUCUUGUAAUAUUAAUAUGUGUAAGUCCAAACUCUCUAAAUACAUAUAAACUGUAUAUACUAAACAAAAGGCAUUUAAAUACAUUGCAUUAUUUUUCUUAA